UCUCAGCGGAGGUGGUUGGCCUGACGUGCGUUAGCCGGCUAGUAGUGGAACGGGAUUGACGCCGCCAUGCAAGCCCUGAUGAUGCCCCCGUCUUCCUCACUUCCCGUGGUGGCCGACUUCUCCUAGAGCGAUGCUAGGGCCUUAAAUAAUAUCUCGUGCGUCUCGAACCUGGAUCGGCAUGCCGCUGAUUGCAUGAUCGAGCACCCAAGAGUCCAACGGCGCUCGUGCAGAGGCUUGGCCCCCCCUCAUCCUUGACACAUCUCUCGCCAUCGCAGCCCGCGUGGGCACUUGGAGACGGUCUCCCCGAAAACCCCGGAUUCCGCACCUAGACCAAGUCACCAGUGACUGAAAAGCCUCAGCGGCCUCAACCAGCCUCUGCAUCUCGGGGUCUGACACCCCGAGCCCGAGCUUGAGCUUCGAGAAAGUUUCGAGCCACCCAGAAAGUCAAAGCGCGCAUCAGCGGCUCUCUCGAACGAGGAGAGCGAGAACUAGAGCUUCGCUCGACAAAGAUACUGAUCAUCCAUCCGCCCUUUCGAAGCUCCGUCGUCGACCAAGGACAAAAGGAAUUGCCGACAUCGAGCUACUCCUCUUUCCCUCUUGCACGCCCAUUAUUCAACUCUCGCAAAUCUCUUGCAGUCCAGGUUGAUUGAUUGGAUGUUGGCCACCAUCAGAACCAAAAUGGGCGACACCACAAAGUCGGCCUCGCACGAGACGUUCGUGGGCUCCAUCGACCAGGGCACCACCAGCACGCGGUUUCUGAUCUUCAACCGGCACGGCGAGGUGAUUGCCUCGCACCAGAUCGAAUUCAAGCAAUUCUAUCCACAUCCCGGAUGGCAUGAGCACGAUCCACUCGAAAUAAUUUCGUCGGUGGAGCAGUGCAUCGACGGUGCCGUCAAGGACCUCGAGACCCAGGGCCACGCAAGUGCGAAUAUCAAGGCCGUGGGGAUCACGAACCAGCGUGAGACGACGGUCGUAUGGAACCACGAGACGGGCGAGCCGUUGUACAGGGCAAUCGUUUGGACAGACACUCGUACACAGGCCCUGAUCCGUAAGCUCAAGCAUCGGUUGGGAUCAGACCAGCUGCAGCAGCUUUGCGGGCUCCCAUUGUCGACGUACCCUUCGGUGGGCAAGCUACUAUGGCUCCUCGAAAACGAGCCCAAGGUCAAGGAGGCCUACGACAAAGGAGUUCUCGCCUUCGGCACCAUCGACGCCUGGCUGGUCUACAAGCUCAACGGCGGGCCCAAGAAGAACGUGUUUGUAUCCGACCCGACCAACGCCUCGCGGACCAUGUUCAUGAACCUCAAGACCCUGGACUACGACGAGUCGCUCAUUGACUUCUUCCGCCUGGACCAGGCCAAGAUCCACCUCCCCAAGAUUACCCGGUCGUCGGAUCCCGAGGCGUACGGGCGUCUGGAGCUGAGUAUGCUGAAGGGCACCCCGAUUACUGGCUGCCUGGGCGAUCAAUCGGCCGCCCUGGUCGGCCAAAAGGGAUUCACUCCCGGGCUGGCCAAAAAUACCUACGGCACCGGCUGUUUCCUCCUGUACAAUGUCGGUGAAAAGCCGGUCUUCUCCACCCACGGCCUGCUCGGCACCGUGGCCUACGACUUCGGCGAGGGAAAGCGCAUGUAUGCCCUCGAGGGCAGCAUCGCCGUCGCGGGAUCCAGCGUCAAGUUCCUGGUCGAUAAUUUCGGGUUCGUCGAGUCCUCCAGCAAGAUCAGCCAGUUGGCCGCCACGGUCGAGGACAAUGGCGGCUGCGUCUUCGUCACCGCCUUCAGCGGCUUGUUUGCUCCGUACUGGAUCGACGAUGCCAGAGGAACCAUCUACGGCAUAACCGCCUACACGCAACGCGGGCACAUUGCCCGGGCCACCCUCGAGGCCACGUGCUUCCAGACCAAAGCAAUCCUCGACGCCAUGGAGAAGGACUCGGGUGCUAAACUCGCGGAGCUUGCCGUCGACGGCGGCAUGAGCAACUCCGAUCUGACCAUGCAGACACAAGCGGACCUGAUCCAGAUCCCGGUGCGGCGCCCCCAGAUGCGCGAGACUACAGCCCUGGGAGCCGCGAUUGCUGCCGGCCUGGCCGUCGGGGUGUGGGACAGCAUUGAGGAACUGAAAGACAUCAACGUCGAGGGGAGUACGGUCUUCAAACCACAGUUGCAUGAAGCCAAGAGCAAGGAGAUGUUUGAGCGAUGGGAGAAGGCGGUUCAGAUGUCCAAAGGUUGGUCGUCAUGAAAAAGAGAAAGUGGAUUGCGCAAACUAAAGUCUUACGUUGCGGCUCGCCCAUCCGCGACGCCGCUUAACUACCAAUGAUGCUUGAGUUGACGGCAUCAUUGCCACUGCCCAUCCCCUCCCUGCGCGCCGUGAUGUUGCACGUCUCUGGCUGAAUCUCUCUUGUCGUCCCAAGUGCCGGAAUCCCAAAGUCACUGGCAUUGUGUCCCAGACCCCAAGGACCAACACAUGCGAAAGAUCUGGCCGUCGCCACAUUUGACUGACCGACUCUUGGAGCACUGGUGCUGACA